AUGGCAUAUCACUUAAACAUAAUUCAACUUCUUCUUGGUGUAAGCGUGUUGUGUGUCAGCAAUCCGCUUAGAAUCUAUCACGUCCAUGUGAAUAUCUUCGUUGAAAGGUCCAACGCAGAGAUAAAAAACAUCGCGCAAAAGGCUAUAGAAUUUUAUUAUCUUGAUCACGGGAAUAUUUCACCGGAAAACAAAAUUCGCUUAAAUUUGAGUCUUGUAACGUACGGCAAAGUUAUAAACAGAAUCACGAACCUGGAUGAUGAUCGGUUCUUCAAUUGCAACAUCAAGACAACGUUGUGUGCGGCUAUCUUUGUUCAGUUUUCAAGCCACGAGAUUUUUUUGUCCUCGUUAAUGGAAAGGUUAAAUAUUAUUUCUGUGGGAUUGUUUCAGACGAGCGGAAAUCCUUUGAGUCAGGUAAGGUCACCAGCCUUAUGUUAUUCAUGUUUUUCAGGCUGCAUAGAAAUGAAGCAAAGACCUCAUUGAGUUGUUUUUGCCUCUACAUUACGGGUAUCUCACCUAAAAUGCGCGGUACCGCUGUCAGAGGAUUUCAAUACAUUUUUUCAGUUCUCCCCAGUCCAAAGUAGUCGCACCUCCCUAAGGCGGCCACUAUGCCAGUUGGGCCGCGCGGAAGAGGUGGCUUUUCAGUGGGCAAGAAGGGUGUAAGGUGAUACUAAUUUGUGGAAAGGGUACACCAUUUUAAGAUUUUGCAAAUGCUUAUCAUGGCAAAUAAAUGGAUGUGAAACAGAAACCAAAAGUGUCAGAACAAAAAUGUUGACAAAACGACUCUACAAACUAAGGUACAGUGAGUGCACUAGUUUAUACAUCGUCCUCUUUCAAACGACCCUUUCGGAGAAGAUUUCCGUGUAAUUUCCGACAAAUUUUAGGGACUGAUGCCGUUGUAGGGAAAAGGCCUUUAGUAAAGGUCGGCUGUAAUUUAGUUCCCUCCCAGAGUGAAGAAUGGUUCUACCUUUUGAAUGACCAUUCAAAUGAAACCUCUUCAGCAGUACUUUCACAUGGUACUAUAUUUAGUAUGUAUCCCGGAGUCUAUGGAUCAAAUCCUAUGGUCUGUAUUGUGUGACCACUCAACUGAAACCUCCUCGACAGUACAUAUACUUAGACGUAGAAUUGUUUAUUUUUCAGCAUUUUACCAAAUAAAAUUUGCAUUUUUUUUUCCAAUGUUGACUUUGGUCACUUCUGGGAGUGAAUUGUCUAGAGUUAACGCACUGCAAAAAUUAUAAGAGUACUGUUUACCUUUAUCAAACGGAAUAGAGGCAUGUCUAUUUUUAUUGUUAUAAAAAAAAAAACCUGUUCAAAAGUUCAAAACACUAUUUUUGUUAUGAAUUAAUAAAUUUCUGCACUUUCUCCGCAUUCUUUCUCGAGUACGAUGGUUACUUAGAAAUCAACUCAAAUCUUCCAACAGUCUUCGAAAAUUCUUGCUCAUGAGAGAAUAAUUAAAAACUCAUUGCCAAAGGAAACUCUAAAUACUUUCAGAUAACUUAUGGGUUAUGAUUGAGUUGAACAUGAUUUGAAGCAAAUUUGUUGAGUGCGUGCAUCACGGGCUUUCCUCAAAAAAACAGCGGCAAUCCCCAGGCUAUGUAACAUCUGUCACUGGCUUCUCCAUUUGUGAUGAGCGCUGUAUUUUGUUCCAGAUAAGCCUAUAGAAUAUUCAGUUACGAAUAAACUUCAAUUCUGAAGUGAAGUGCCGUUUGCCUGUAUUAAUGCUUGCUUUUCGCAAAUGGUAAAUUAUGAUGUUGUGACAGUGUAUUUUAUAUUUUCAUCCGCUUGGUAAAAAACAAUGCCGCAGAACAUUCGAAAAAAGUAAAAAGAUUAUGAAAAAUCUCCCCUUGUUAUCAAGCUCGCUAAAACGUCUCUUUUUCAUUGUUUUCAUUAAAGAAGAGCAAAACAGCAACUAAUUUAAGCGCAACGAGACAUUAACAAAAACACUACUAGAUCAAAGAUAUUCGCUAAUUUUUAACAAUUUACGAUCGCUUUUUUUUUUCUAUUCACUUCUGGACAUUGCGCUACGAGUUUAGUCUACAAAAAAGAGAAAAUCGUGAUUGUGUCAUUUUGGAAAUUUAGAUCGGCUGCACUUUAAAAGGUUUUCCUUCUUUAUUUUGAUUUCAUGAUUUUAGAGUUAAUGAUAUUUAAAUGCAAAUGUCGCGUUGAAUUCUAUUGUACAAUCAAAACAUUAAGCAGGAGUCCUUUGUUGACGUAUUUUAUCCAACUACAAUGGUUUCUUAUUGACCAAAUACUGGAAAAAGCUGCAUUCGUAAUGCCCUAGCCUGUAAUGUCUAUUUAAAUAAAGUUUAGUAACGAUUGAAAACAGGUGCACCGGGGUUUUUUUAGCCAUGGCGUAAUGUACUGACGUCAAUUAGCCGUUGUAGUGAGAGUUUCGAGCACUUCCACCUUAAUUAUUGGAAGCAUAAUGCAGUGAAUUAAUAUUGAAAACGUAAUACAGUGACAUCAAUUAGCCGUUAUAGUGAGAGUUUUGAUUAAUGACACCUUAUAAAUAUUGGAAACGUAAUGCAAUGACUUCAAUCUGCGGUUAUGGUGAAAGUUUUGUUAACUAUCACAUUAUAAAUAUUGAAAACUUGGUCACGAAAAGGAGGCAAAAUUGCAAAACAACUGCGCAACGAUGGACGAAAGCGCCGUAUCUACAGUUCACAUUUAAACUUAUGGAGUGUGGGGCUCGCUGCGUUUGCGCAGAAAUAAGGCAUGGUGAGUAAUUAUAGCACAGGAAACUCUCUAAGACCAACACUUUUGGGAAUCGCGGCACCAAGAGAGGUUUUAUCGCCUUGUAGAGAGGAGAGGUUCCCGCUGGCAUCCCAAUAAAAAUAGCAAUAAUCGAAAAAUAGAAAGCGCUUCUUCUCUUUCUCCUUCCCAUCGUCCCAUCAUCCCAUCGUGCGCUUUCCUUUUUUCCUCUCCACGUCCUCCCUAUGAUACAAAGAGUCGUCUGCUGAGAAGAGAGCUGCAGGGAACGACACUUGGCCGCCAUUAUUCAGAAAUUUCCGUCCUUUGGACUUAUCCGUUUAAGAGAAAUUUGAUUAUACUCUUUUUCUUUUGAAAACUACAGGAAAGUCCCGUUGGCUUCACAAGAACAGCUUCGCCGUCAAUGAAGCACUACGCAAGCGUUAUAAAGGACUUAAUGAACAAAAUGGGAUGGCGCACACUUAGCCUAGUAUUAUCCGCUGACUACGAAGGCACGGUACUUGCGGGCGAAAUAAUUGAGUACUCGAAGAAGGUAAAAUGGGAUAUUUUACACACAGUUUGGGUACUAAGAAGCUGGGAAAAUGGUACCGAACUCGAAUCCGCGUUUAAUGAAAUUAUGACAAGUGAAAGUGACGUAGUUAUUGUCCACCUGUACGACUCCCACAAUGUUGAGAUAUUCCAGUUGCUUGGAAACCUGGGCGUCAAAAAAACCCGAUCCUCUUGGCUGCUGACGAACAUUUCUACCUUUGGGGUCUCAAUAAUGAAUCUUCCUGCUGGAUUUAUGAGAAUAUCUCCUGGGGCUUCUCCUAACCAUGAUUAUAUGGUGCAUACGCUGUACGACGCCGUUAGCCUGAUUGCUUUGUCAGCAGCAAGAGCGGUAGAGACGUCUGCUAACAACAAGACAACGUAUCAGUCCAUUAGUAAUUAUUCUAACGCCUUGCAGAGUUCAUUUAAGAGGUAAGUUAUCUCUCUUAACAAAACACUUUCUUCAUUGCUUCAAGAGUGUUAUAUUUUUAUCUUUUGUUCGUCCUCACGAGAAGAGUGGUCACUCUAUAAUAUGUGUGUUGCCAUGUAUGUACAGAGAAGCGCAUGUCCGAAGACCACUCGCGCGGACAUGCGCUUCUCUGUAAAAUUAUUUUUGGUAGAAAUUUGUGAUUCUAAGACGUUUCGUUUCUUGUGGGUGAAAGAUUUUGUCAAAGAAUGUUUUGGCCUGAUUAAGAGCAUAAUUCGAAGUUCUUAUUUGUACGCUAAACAGCACAUAGUUUCCUUUACAGACCUUAACAGGGAAGCCUCAGUACAACUGAGCCCAGUUGUUCAAAUUAAAGGUGGAUGAUACUAUCAGUGGAUAACACGUUCAGUUUUGUUAGCCGACUUAUCCACUGGAUAGCGAUUCAUCCGGUGGAUAGUGCUAUCUAGCGUUUGAACAACCGAGACCAAAGCUUUAGUUCAAUUUUCUAAUUGAAGGAAUGCUGAGUUUUAAACAAAGGUUAACUCCUCUAGGAUAACAAGGAACACUUCCUUGAAAGGAAAAACGUCCAUUUUCGAGAAUCCAUCAGUGCAUAAAGGAUAUUUCUCCGUAAUGCACAUUUCAAGUCUAGAACAAGACCUCACUGGUAUUAAACACUGGACCACUAUUGGCCUGAGCACGUAUUCGGGUAUCGCCAUAGAGUCCUUUAAGGCUCCAAACGGACAAGUCCUGCUUCCACGCCUGGGACCCUCUAGGCCCAUUCUGCGAGUACCUGUGGUUUUGUACCCUCCCUGGGUAGAGGCCGAAGAACCUCAAGAAACAUAUGAGAAGGAGCUAAUAUGUCUGAAAAGAGGGUACCUCUGUUACAACAAAACCGGGACAAGGGUCAAAACAUUGUGCUGUUUUGGGUUCUCCAUAGAUUUACUAGGAAUUAUUGAACGUGAACUGCAAUUUUCUCCCGAAAUUUACUUUGUCGCUGACGGACAAUAUGGGAUCUUUGAUGAAAAGACAGGAAAGUGGAGCGGAAUUAUCAGGGAACUGUUAUCAGGAGAGGGAGAUCUAAGUGUUGAUAUAGCUUUGAGCCAGAAAAGAGCCAAGUACAUCGACUUUUCUUUUCCUCAUCUUCCUCUUGCUUUUAACGUCUUAGUGGAGAAGGAAGACCGCUACGAAAAUGGUGAGACGACACAGUCUUGAAUUUACAAGAUGUAUUUAGUGAAAGGAGCUUCCUUCAAAAUACCUCAGUUAUGCAAAUGUGUCAUCGAGCAAGCGUGACGUCAGGAUGGCUGGAAAUUAGCCAAGUUCUUUUUUGCUUUGUUUAAUAUGGACCGAGAAGAAGUCAAAGUCGAUAAAAAACGCAAAAAAGAACAAUGCCAUUAUCCAGCCAUUUUGAUCGAUCAAUCUUGGUCAAUAAAAGAUUAUUAUGUGGCCAAAAGGAGAACUUUUUCUUGCGGGACCGACGCGGAAAAUCCCGAGUGUACAAGGUGGGUCCAUCUUACCUGCUCGGGUGGCCAAUCAGAACACAGGAUUCGCUUCAUCUUCCCCGCUCACGGUUGGGGUAUGUACCGCUAAACGGGGUCGUAAUUCGGAAACUCGAGGUAUCCGUAAAUAAGACGUUUACUUAAUUCUAACGCUGAUGCCAAAAUUCGAAGACUUCUAUUCCAAGGGCGCUAAGUCUCUAAUUUGUAAUGCCACAAGGUAGGGGGUAGUUGGCUUUCUCGAGCCUAGCUGUAAGCAAGUUUUUUUUCUGUUGAUUUAUCUUUAAUAUUUAGGUGUUCAGUGGUAUUCGUGGUUGAAACCGUUUGAUGUUUGGUUGUGGUUAGCUAUUCUUGGAACGUGCAACGUUAUCCUGGUUGUGGUGUGGUGGUUUGAUAGAAAGAGUCCAACCGGACAUCACUAUAUUCUCAGGGAGAGAGACGAAGAUGGAGUUACCCUUUUAGGUAAGUGCUUUCUGGACUAUAGCCUUCCCUUGCCUAGUCUCCGUACGACGUUUUCCCAGGCCUUCUCGGUCACAUGAAUUCACUUCGAUGAAGUAUCCGAGGCGAACUCACUUCUUCGCUCGGACCACGUGACCCGAGACGCAUUGGCAGCCCAAAAUAGGGACUAGGCAAAGCCUGUGCCAGACGGAACUAAAUUUCUGGGUAAUCCGUCUGCGAGCCAGCGCCUAAAUCUUUGUUUUUAGCCUCCACCUGUCUACCAGGAUUAGACUACGAGUAGUCCCCAUUUCUCCUCCCGGAUAGUAGAGCGAGCGAAACGCUAGGGUGCGUGAAAAUCACCCCUCGCGAGAAAGGCGUCUAUAGACCAGGAUUUGAGUACGUGCCAUAAUUGGUCUGUUAAAAAAGCCAUAGUCAAUUUACCAAUCAGGUUGAAGGGAAAUUUGAAACACCUUUCCAGUGAUUCGUUUAGUCCGUCAGGAGCCCAGAACAAGGAUCUCGGCUUUGCUUCGCAGACGUUACUAACUGAAGUUUGAUUAUGUCUGCGACGCAGGCUACAUGGACUAUGUUGCUGCUAGAUCUCAGUUUUUAAAGACGGAUAGAAUCGAAUGACAUCAAAGAGAAUAGCGCCAGUGUCGAAUUGCAGCAUGGGAUGGGGACGCCAGCCUUUUUUAUUAGCUGGGUCAAAAUUGUUCCCAAAACAGUCCCAUAUGCAAUUCAACGCAACAUCCCAAAGUACGCCGGGAAUGAAUUAUGAUUCCGCUCAUAUCAGUUUCAAAAACGGAUAAAAUCGAGCAACGUCAGAGAGAAUAGCGGAAGGUUCCGUAUAUAGUCGCUCUGUAUACGAUACCCUGGGUGCUUACUUUUAGGGACUGGCCUCAAAUACAAAUCAAAAUGAAUCAUAUUAUUACUGUACGAGGCAAGCCCGAUUCUAUUAUCUUAGAGCUACCGUUAGAGUACAGUGUAUUAAUGGCACGUUUUCAUGUUAGUACUUUUUUUGCAAGAUUGCUGUAUAUCUUAUUUCUCUUGCGUGGUAGACGCCAUGAGCUAUUUGUGGUAAAGACAUAGGGGCGAAAAAAACGCCUUGCAGUUUAAGUGCGAGAUGGUUGUCCACCUUAUAUGCAUUUAUAAAACGUUUUCAUGUUAAUGCGUAUUCUGUAUGAUUGCUGUGUUCUUUGUUUCCCUUGUGUGGUAGAUGCCAUGAGCUAUGUAUGGGGAGUGGCCUUUGGUAAAGACAUAGGAGCGGAAAAAACGCCACGCAGUUUAAGUGCGAGAUGGGUGUCCACCGUGUAUGCAUUCAUGGCCCUUAUUCUUGUAAACACGUAUUCUGCGAACCUGAUGGCCAAUCUAUUGCAGGAAGACUAUGUGUUACCUAUCAAGGGGAUUAAAGACCCAAAGGUAUUUAGUCGGUUUGUUUUACUGAUACCCAUAUUUAUGUACCCUGCGAGCAGUUUCUCUCUUGCAUGGCUAUUUUUUGCGUGUUUUUUUUUUCAUGGAAAACCAGCGCGACUGACAAGCGACGCGAACCACAUCGUAAACGCUAAAAGCCAUGCAAGAAAGAAUCCUCUGCUCGCAGGGUAAUAUUUAUGUGACUUCCGCCCAUAAAAGAAAGUCAAGUGACUAGUAUGGUUAAACGGGUAACAUUAUGCAGAAAUGAAUGAUUCAGACAUCUAGUUUUUAUUUCAUUUUACGUUGCCAAAGUCUCACGAUAAGGUGAUUUGGCUUCAAAAAUUUCCUAUAUGUUAACCUUUUGGGGCAGCAAAAAUGUUGCUUUAAGUCGAGCUAAGUCGUCUACGCCUCGCGAUUUAAACUAACUAAAUCUCGGAACAACUCAGGCUAUGCAUCAUAUUUGACGAUAACGGCAGAUGUCAAUCGGGUUUAGCAUUCUCUAAAGGGCUAAAACAGUAAAAGGAUAAACACGAGGAAGUUUUUCAAUCGAGGAAUUUUCUUUUUUCUCUGAUUUUGUUAAAUCUACUAUGCAUUCUUCUUGUCGUUUGUGACUGCACUUACUCACUGAUGAAAUUUCUCGAAAACCCUGUAGACCAUUUGAUUCAAUUACUUUGCAGUUCAGAGGAGGUUUCGUUAUUCACAAAAAAAAAACUUGGCUGCUGGGUUUCCUCCAAACCCUGUGAACUGAGAUUUUGGGAAGAAAAAGGCUCACUAUUUCCUAAUUUCAAAAAGCUGAAAAUUUUUGCUUCUCGACAUUACUAAAAGAGGAAAAAAAAAACAAUAUGUCAUCUUAAUUUCUUUACAGUUGAGAGAUCCUUCUCUUCACCCUCCAAAUGGAUUCAAACUUGGUGUCCUUCAGGGCACUUUUGCUGAAAGUUACUUCAAGAAUAAUAUUGACCAUGAACUGCGUCAACUUUACAACGACAACUUAAAAGUAAAUCUAAUGACUCAGUCGAGUGAAGGGAUAAACAAACUCCAGGAAAGGUAAGUUUCAUUACUAGAUAUAUGAGGCACUCCCCGAAAAAUACACCACUAAGUCUUUACCACAUGGUGAUUUUCUUUGUUUGAUUGUUUGUUUGUUACUUUUUAAAAGAAACUAAGUACAGUCAAUCCUUGCUUUACGGACACCCGGUUGAUACGGACACCUCAUUAGUUACGGACAGUGUGUUUUGUCCCUGGGGAAAAAAAGCCCUUAAAUUUUCUCUGAAUUCAACCCGCGGACACUUUCUGUCCGUACUAACGGGGUUUGACUGUUGUAUAAAAAAGGAUGGGAGAUCACAAGGGUUCUCCUCUAUGUACAUCGUCUUUUCUCCAUUUGUCGCCCUGUCCGGGUCGUCUAAAAUUCAAUACGCUCCCACCCCAAAUAACGAUUGCUCAUAGGGGUGACAAGAUACUUGAGAUUACACACUUCAAUCUUUACAUGUGUUAUACACGUUUGAUUGAACUAUCUGACUUUGCAAUUAUUUACCAUUAAAAAAUAUGUCUCUAUGAACGAAGGGACGAAAAAAUUUCAGAGAAACAUAAGCAACGAUAACAACAAUGACAAAAAACAAAAAUGACAAUAAAUGACAACUAACUUAAGACCCAAAUAUCCAAUAAUCCCGGCUUGGUCUAAUAAGCCUCAAUUCCAUAGGCACUGAAAAUUACUCCCCCCAUCCCCCCACCCCCACCCACCAACAAGGGGAAUAAACAGAGGAUAUACAGCACAGUAAAAUGAUUGUGCUUCCCCAAUAAAAACAAUUUGGGCGACUUUACUUUACUUGGUUUUUUCGGGCUGCACAAUCAGCGAAUGUAGCGUUUGUUCUUUGGCAUUUUGGUCUGGCCCCUUCCCCCUGUUUUCUCACGAAACAUUUGUUGCUAGCUUGGUAUGUACUAUAUACGAGUGUAUUUCGAUUUUGCCCUUGUUUUACAGUGAGAUCCAAGGCCUGGUGGGUGAUUACCUUUCUCUGCGUGGAGCCGCCAACAAGAUUCCGGACUGCAACUACUGCUUAGCCGGUCCUAACUUUUACACACAUGGUGUAGCGUUUGCUGUCCGUAAAGGCUCGCCUUGGCUCGAUGAUAUUAAUAGAGUUGUCAUAGAGAUGAAAACAAACGGAAGUGUUAGCAUGAUUGAAAAGAGAUAUUUUGACAAGAUGUGCAGUAGAACUUCUGCUAAAGACCUGAGUAUCCUCAACUUUAGUGGACUUUUCCUAACGGUGGCUAUAGCGAUAGCGGUUUGCUUUUUAGCACUCCUAGCCGAAGUAAUCGCCAUUUUCGUCUUGGUACGGUUUAGAAAACAUCUUGGAGUUGUUGGAAAAUUCUCCAUGCGAUUAUUAUUCAAUCUCAAAAGAGGCGAAGAGCACCUUAUAACUUUGAAGCAAUCCUCAAUGAUCAUGAAAAAAUGGAACUGUGUUAAGAUGGAUAUAGUAAGAGUAGACAAUUGUUCGUCGAAUUCAACGUCUGUAGUUGAGUCACGAUGCAAUUCGGUAACUGCAGCAAAUGAUUUGGAUAAUCUUCAGCCGAGGCUAGACUUCCAGCCUCCUUGUGACAAGGAGGAUGUUAUUUCA